AUGACUUGCAAUCUCAUUUUAUGCAUAUUUAUACUAAUAAUAUUAAACUUUUAUUGGAGUUAUGGAGCUAGUGGUGCUACACGUGAUCAGCUUAUUCUUGCAAAUUUCAAAGCACAAUUAUCAAAAGCUCGUACAUUAAAACAAGCUCUUGCUAUAUAUGCUGAUGCAAAUGUGAGGAAUAGGCAUCAAGUAGCUAUGCAAACGGAUCUUCGUAAAAUUGAAAAAGAAAUUAAUAUACAAUUGGCUGAUUUUGAUUUACCAAAAGAUGAUAAGAUUGUUCCAUAUGUAAAUGGUGGAUGUUUACCACGUAUAACAUGUGUUCCAGUUUAUGCUCAACAAGCAACAACAGGUGGUAUUGUUUUUCCUAAUUGUGUUGAAGUUCAUCGAUGUUCUGGUUGUUGUCAAGAAACACAAUUUUCAUGUGAACCAACAAAAAUUGAUUUUGUUUCAUUCAGUCCUAUUAUUAAAUUUGAACAUGGUGAAGGAUCUAUUCCACCAAUCGCUGCAUUAAAACCAUUUAAAACAGAAAAUCAUACAGAAUGUACAUGUAAAUGUAAAUUAAAAGAAGAUGCAUGUCCAAGUAAUGCUCAAGUAUUGGAUCAUGAAUUAUGUCGAUGUAGGGAACAAGCUUGCUUUCCUCAAUGUCAAGCAAUGCAACGCUGCCAAUUACUUAAUACACAAGAUAAACCAUCAUGUGUAUGUAAACGACCUAUUCCAGGCCAAAAUGGCGCAUAUUCAUGUCCAUCAGGUUAUCAGCCUGAUGCUCGUUGCAAGAAAUGUAUGAAAUAUCCAUGA